UUGGCAGAAGGUGGGGGUGGACCUCAGGAGUGGUGACUGGGAGGAGAGUUCCAGCUCUCCUCUGUCCCCUCCUCAUGGGGCUCACUCCUGUUCCGGUGGCUGAGGGUGAACACGCUCCCUACAGUCACCAGUGACUCAGAGGCUGGGGAUUUAGGUGGAAACAGGAUGUAUGCUCAGGAGGGGGGCUGGGAGAGGACCUUGACCAACAGGGGUCACUGGGAUCCCUGGGGGAUCACAGGACUCACCUGGCGGGGGAGGUCACAGGGCUUUACAGGAAUCACUGGGGGUCACCAAGCUCUCUGGGGGUCAUUGGGGAUCACUGGGCUCAUGGGGAUUAUCGGGCGCUCCAGGAGUCACUGGAUGACACUGGGCUCUCUGGGAGUCACCGGGUUCACAGCACCCCCCAAUGUCCCCACUCUAAGCUCAGGCCAUUGUGACCUUUUCGGUGCACUGAAAGCUGAGAUGGGUCUUUGGUCCAGGCCGAUGGGUGCCUCGGGCUGGCCGCUCUGUGUAGACAGAGACUUAAGUUCAGGUAGACCCAGCCUUCCCAGACUGGGCUCCGCCCUCACCGGCUGCUGGGCAGGAUGUCCCAGUCCCAGCCCCACCCGCAGCAGGAGGUGGAGGCUGCUCAGAUCAAGGACCCAGCACUGCUCGCCGGCCAGCCCAUGGGGAACAGCCAGUGCAUCCCCCAGGCCCCCCGGAGGUUCCGUGCCUCCUUUUCAAGGAAGCCCUCGCUGAAGGGCACCAGAGAGGAUGGCGCGAGAAGGCUGGCUGGCCUGUUUGGCAGUGAAGUUGGCCCCGACUGGGACACAGCGGCCGACAAGAUCCUCUACUACAUCCCGGGGACGGACAUCCCAGGCCUGGAGGGCCAGCGAGAAGCCCUGGACCAGCCAUUCCUGAGUGUGUUCAAGAAGGGGCGGCGAAAGGUGCCUGUGAGGAGCCUAGGCAAGGUGCUGCACUACGCCAAGGUCCAGCUGCGGUUCCAGCACAGCCAGGACACCAGCGACUGCUACCUGGAGCUAUUCGCCUCCCACCUCUACUUCCAGGCCCACGGCUCUGAUGGCCUCACAUUCCAGGGCCUGUUACCACUGACAGAGCUGAGCAUCUUUCCGGUGGAGGGGUCCAGAGAACAUGCCUUCCAGAUCACAGGCCCGCUGCCCUCCCCCCUCCUUGUGCUCUGCCCCAGCGCCGCUGAGCGUGCCCGCUGGCUCUACCACCUGGAGAAACAGACUGCCCUUGCUGGGGGGCUGCGGCGCUGCCACUCAGCACCCCCACAGGGCCCCCCCGGGGAUGAGCUCCCCUGGACUCUACAGCGCCAGCUGAUGCAGCUGCGGACGGUGUCAGGACACGAGUCGGGGGGCAGUGCCAUCUGUGCCUCGAGAGUCAAGCUGCAGCAUCUGCCCUCACAGGAGCUGUGUGACCGGCUUCUGGUCCUUUACCCGACCUCCCUGGCCAUCUUCUCUGAGGAACCAGAUGGGCUCUGCUUCAAGGGGGAGCUCCCACUCAGCGCUAUCCAUAUCAACCUGGAGGAGAAGGGGAAGCAGAUCCGCUCUUUCCUGAUAGAAGGACGCCUUAUCAACACCAUUCGUGUGGUAUGUGCCAGCUACGAGGACUAUGGCCACUGGGUGCUCUGUCUCCGGACUGCUGCCCUCAGGGACAGGGGCCCUGCCCUACCGGGACCAGGGCUGCAGGUACCCACCCAGGUUGCAGGAGACGGCCGAGGCUCCCUCUCCUCAGAUGGACGGACCAGCUGGGGUUCGGGGUGCCCUGCGUCCCAUUCCACCCGCACCAGUCACUCCCUCCCUGAGACCAUGCUGCCGCCCCCUGCAGGCUGCCCCAUUCAGCCUGCACCUGACCAAGCUGACCCAGGCUCCACCAGCAUUAGCCGUCGGAGGUCACAGCUGAGACGAGGGGGCAGCAGCAGGUCACCCAAGAGCAAGGGCCAGGGAGCAGGGUCUGGCCUAGCCACUCCGCUGCACCUAGAGCUGGACCUGACCAAGUUGAGCAGGCUGAGCCUGGAGGGGGACCCAGACAACCCUGUGGAGACACCGCAGUCCCCACUCUAUGCCGACCCCUACACACCACCUGCCACCACCCACCGCAAGAUCACAGACAUCCAGAGCCUGGAUGAGUUUCUCAGCGCCAUGCAGAACUCCCCCAGGCCGGAGCCAUCAAGCGCCUUCCCUGCUGUCCCUGUGUCUGUGCCUGUCUCUGACCCCAGCCCGGGCCUUUCUGGCCACCUUGGCCCGCACCUGCUGCCCAAGAAGGGAGCUCCACAGGGCCAUACCCCUCAGAGGCACCGACGCUCCUUCAAGGGCCGGGGGCCAAGGCCCCCAGACUCCCCUCAACUUGUCUCCCCUUCGAGGGAAGGCUCACCUGACCCCCUGCCGCCUCCUCCAGCCCGCUGUUCUCCCCAGAGACGUGCAAGCCCGAGCUAUAGCAGCGUCUGGGAGGAGGCUGCAGUGCCCUCCCACCAGAAGUGGCCCCGGCCAGGCGCACCUGAGGCCGAGGGGGCCCUGACCCAGUGGAUCUGACAGCAUCACAGUGCUGGGACUGUGGGCGGCUGCUUCAAGACCACCCAUACCAGCCACCAGGCCUGGAGGGGGUCUGCUGCAAGGCCUGGGGCUGUCUCUGGGGGGCCCAUGGUUGACCAUCUGUUGUCCCUUUUGAUCCGUUAAAUUCUGGGCCAGGGUCUGCACCCUAAGGCCCCCACCUCUGGGCGCUGGUUCCUGGGUGCCUCCAGCAGCUGGAGGGGCCGGGAGGGGGGCUGGUCCUUGGGGUGUCCUAGCCGGCAUGGCCAGACCGCAGAUUGGGAGGGUCAUCAGGGCAUUCUCUCAGCCUGCCCUCUGGAAGGAAUGGGGCAGGGGAGUUGAUGGGAGCUGACCCUGGGGGUCAGAGGGCAGCACUAGUGUGAAGUCAGAGGGCUGAGAAAGUCAGGUCAGUGAGGGUCAGCGUAUGUGAGGUCAAAGGGCAUAUGUGAGGGAGGGGAUGUGAGGGUCAGAGGUCAGUAGGUUGAGACAUCCCAAGUGGAGGGGUGAGUUGUGUAGCAGCAGGGAGGUUGGAGGUCCCAGUUUUGCUUGGGCCUUUGUGAGGGGGGGUAGGACCGUCGGGAGAGACUGGUGGAACUAAACAAGAAAGAAAGAAAACGAGAUUUUAUUGGUUCUCUGUGUGUCUACAUGUUCCCUUCUCUAUGGCCAUCAUUUGGAACCCAAGCUCACGGAGCCCUGUGUCCCACCUCACAGGGUGCCCACUGAGCCUGGCCCCACCCUCUGCCCCCAACCUUGGACUCCCCAACCACCACCACGCCGCCGGUGGGAGCCCUGGGACAAUCCCAGGUGCCUAGCCCCCACUUGAUGCCUGUAUCCACCGCUGCACCCUCUGCCCAGGGCCCCCCAAAGUUGGGCCAAGUCUCCACCCUGCAGACUGCUGCCCUACAGGAGCUGCCUGCCAUCUCUUUCACCCUCAGGUCCCUGCUCCGUGUCUCAGCCUCUUGGACGCUGCCUUGGCCACAGCCCUUGGGGCUCAGAGUGGCCUCAGAUGCCCUUGACAAGCCCCCUACCUAGAAGCAGAGCAGGGAAUCCCGGGACCCCCGGCCUUGUGGCCCCAGCCUCCCACCUUCCUUCUUCACCAGACCUCCCACUGGGUCCUCAAUGCUGCUCUCACCCCAUCCUGCCUGUCCCCUGACUCGGGGUUGCCAGGUGGCCUACAGCUAAGCAACAGGUCACUUUCUGGUAUAAGUACAUGUUCCACUGGGCACACUGCAUUUCACUUGCUGAAUCAGCUGGCCACUCUCCCACCCAGCCCCUUGCUCCGCCUGAGCCCAGCGUUCCAGAACUGCAUCUCCCAGGUGGGUGGAGGGGGGCCUCAGCCUUGGUCACUGGCUGGCCCCUCUGGUGGAGUCGGGGGCGGGGGCCAGGACCAGGACGCUGGCUUCUGCCUAGACGCCCUAACCAUGUGAGAGACGGGAUCCAAGGUCCAAAGGGUAGCAACGUCGUUCUGGCACCUGUGGCCGGUUCCUGGUCCUGCUGUCUUCCUGGGCAGGGCCUGACUCCUAAGAGCUAUGGCUGUGGCUGUGGCUGUGGCUGUGGCUAGGGCUGGGGCUGCGGCUGGGGCUGGGACUGGGGCUGCGGCUGGGACUGGGGCGCCCCCGGCUCACCUGCCGGCGGAAGUACCGGAUGGCAGAAAUCGUGCCAAUGUUGGCCAGCAAGACUGCAAGAGAAGCGCCAAGCCCCUGAGCACUGGCUGCAGCCUAGGCACCCCCUUUCUGCCCACAAGGACGUUCACUUCCUGUCUACAAGGCUCUGCCCUCAAAGGGUCGGAGCAGGUCAGCAGUGAGAGAAGCGAGUUCAGGGGAACUGUCCCACCUCUCCCCCAGCCCCGAUGGGCACAGCACCCCAGGUAAGGCCUCCUCUGACUUCUGGGUACCAGCCCCCCUCCCUCCUCCAAGGGCCCCCAAACCUGUUUUCCAGGCAUCUGGGGUGUGUAGGUCUGAUGUCCUCACAGCCCAGGUGGCAAAGGCCACAAACACCAAGCACAUAUCACUCUGGCUGAAGGAGAACACGGGGAGGGAACUCCAAGGCUCCCCUAGGAAAAGAGGCACAUAUCUGCUCCAGCUGCUCUGCUCAGAGGCGCACUUGCCCUGGACAUGGCCAUCCACAGCAUGCCUAUCCCUGACACGUCUGUCCUUAAUAUACCUGUCCUGAGUCACGUCUGUCCUCUGCACAUCUGUCCUGAGUCACAUCUGUCCCUGACAUGUCCCUGACAUGCCCGUCCCCAACACAUCUGUCCCUGACAUGUCUGAGUCACAUCUGUCCCCAACACAUCUCUCGAGUCACAUCUUCCCUGUGAUGCGCCCUCACGAGACACUGAGUAGAGAGUGCGUAAUUGAGUCAGGGUGACUUGGGGAAGUCCCUCUUAUGAACCUUCCUUCCUGAUAAAUGCCUUCCAGAGGCUACGGGAGACCAAGCAUGUGAGGAUAAACACACCUGGCGUGGGCAGGCAGCUGGGCCUGAGUAAAAGUACCCCCAAAGGCCAUGAUCCUAGUCUUCCCCCUAGCUCAGGACCUGGGUUCUUCUGCCCCUCUGGGUCUUGCCCAGCCCUUCCCCAGCCACCCUCCUGGCUGAGCUCCCUGGACAAUGUGUUCCUGGGCCUGAAUAUGGGGCCGCC